GGCAGAUGGACAUUAUGCAAUGGCUGGUUAAACACUGAGCAAAGAUGUACCGAACUACAAGAUCCCCAAUGAUGCAGCCACUGGUCAACUCUGGAAUGGGCAUGGCUCCAUUCUUCAAGGUGACUGUGUUUGAGCAGGAGCACUUCCAGGGAAAAUGCCUCGAGUUUACCUCCGAGUGCUGCAACAUCCAAGAGUGUGGCAUGGACAACAUCCGCUCCGUCAGGGUCGAGAGCGGAGCCUGGGUGGGUUAUGAGCACCAUGACUUCCAGGGCCAGCAGUUCAUCCUGGAGAGAGGAGAGUACCCACACUGGGACUCCUACAGUGGAAACAUCUCGUACCACGUGGAGCGCCUCAUGUCCCUGCGCCCCAUCUACUGUGCUUCCCACCAGAGCAGCCGCAUGAUGAUUUUCGAGAAGGAAAACUUCCUGGGGCGUAAUGUUGAGAUCUGUGACGAUUACCCAUCUCUGCAGGCCAUGGGCUGGAUGUGGCCCGAGGUCGGCUCCAUGCACGUGCAGUGUGGCGCCUUUGUGUGCUACCAAUAUCCAGGCUACAGGGGGCAGCAGUACAUCAUGGAGUGCGAGAGACACAGUGGAGACUACCAGCACUGGAGGAACUGGGGGUCCCACAGCCAGACCCCCCAAAUCCAGUCCAUUAGACGCAUCCAGCACUAAGUGUAAACAAGUACCAAAAAACUGAGGACGAGCAGCACAAUUUAAAGACCUAACCGUUUUAAUGCCUCCUUGCCAGCACUUCUUUCUACUUGUUUCUUUAACCUUGACUUGAGCCACGACCCCU